AUGAAUAGCCAACCAGGACAAAAUGGCCAAGCCGACAACCAGUACCUAGCCAUGGUCGGCGAUGUCCAAGCCGAGCUGACGCGCCUUCAAGUCCAGCAUCGUUGGAUCCAGAUGUGCCUCAAAGAUAAGAUCGUUUUCGCACCGGUGGAUACCACGAAGAACGGGCUCAAGAUUCUCGACAUGGGCUGCGCUGACGGUAUCUCAAUCUUCGACUGCACUGUGGAAAUGGGACUUCUAACAUGCGCUAUCACAGGAACAUUGCUACGGGACCUGCAGACACAGGUUCCAUCGUCCGCGCACAUGGUCGGCGCCGACGUUUCAACCAUUUUCCUGCCCACGUCAGCUCAGGGCAACAUCCACUACGUAACCCACGACGUCUGCGAUCCACCGGCCGGGGAUCUCAAAGGCCAGUUCGAUCUGACCCACGUUCGCAAUGUUCUCCACAGCGCCCACCGGUCCGGCGUCGAGCAGGCGGUGGCAAACCUCGCCGAUACGUUGGCUCCGGGAGGCUGGCUGCAGAUUAUGGAGCUGGAUAUCAGUCCAGGCCAGCCGAACCAGCCCCAGUCACUGAAGGAUCUCAUUCACAUCAUUGGGACCAUGUUUGAGAAGCAGGGAAUGGAUCGCAAAUACGCGUCCAAAAUUCCAGAGGCAAUGAAGAUGGCCGGUCUCCAGAACGUCAAGGUCGAGCGAGUGGAGUGUGGGAUUGGUAAAGUGCAUGGCGAUGAGGCCGCCGUCAAAUCUUCCAUCGAGCCCUUCAUGCACACGAUUCCGCUUGUCGCCAGGAACGCCCAAAUGUUGGUUCCCGACAUGGAUCCGGUAAUCUAUUCCAACCUGGACGAGAGAUACACAAAGGAGAUGACUGAGCAGGGCGGCAUUUUUCCAGCGAACGUCUUCAUGGCUCAGAAACCCGUUGUGUGA